AAUAAACGGGACAGUAUGAUUCAUUGUGCGGGCAAUCGGGUAAACUCACUUUGAAGCUCUCUCUCUCUCACUUAAUUUCUUAAACUCCUCACAGCUUGAAAUCUUGGGUGGACGGGUGGUCUUUGGAUGCUUUUCCGAUGGCUCGCACAAAGAACUCCACGCGCUCUACUCACACCGAAGCUGCUAGCUCUAGCCGCUCACGAGGCGCACACUACCAGCCCCAGUUUGAUAAAGAUGAGCAUAUGAUGACAUACUUGGAGCUUAAGACAAAGAAGGUGGGUAUAAUGUACCACCCGGAUGAGCCCACCCUGAUUCCAGCUGAGCCCACACUGAGGGAUGAAGUGAUGCAUUUGAUACGAAGAGGUUGGUGACAACAUUUAUUUUUCGGCAUUCAAGAGCCGACAUACAAGAAAGUAACAUGUGAGGUGCUAGCAACAAUCGACCUCCCAAAGCUCAUACCAAAAAAAGACUUUUACCAACCUGUAGUCAAAUUCCAGGCCUUUGAAGACAAGCUUGACACUUCUCUUAGUCGGAUUGAGCACUGCUUGGGCUUCGAUGAUGCUGAGAUAGAAAAACGGGGUGAGAUUGGCCUUUGUGACCUCCCCCCUCACGUGAACAGACAGGCUUUUUGGGAGUCAAUUAGCAGAGGGCGCAAAACUUAUAAGCCCCGGGAGACCCCAUCCACCCUUCUUUACCCUUGGAAGUUCCGGGUCAUUCACGCACUCCUUGCUUCUACCGGACCGGGAGGGCCGAGGUCUGGGCCAAAGUUUCUACGACUGACCUUUUGUACCUUUACUGCAUGGUUCACGACAAGAAGCCCUGCAUGGGCUCUAUCAUUGCUAGCCUUUUCCAUCGACAGUCCACGAACCACAUUCAGACCCUUUACUCCGGUCCGUACAUUACACGUAUUCUGCACGGGAUGAGAUAUGGAGAUCAGUUCAGAAAUAUGGAGGUAUCUUCUAGCUUUCUUCUGUUGACCAUUCUCCCGUCCAUGAACACGGGACUUGGGGCUGGACUAUAGAGAGAGACCGAGCAGGCAGAGGCAGCAGCAGCAGGUGCACAAGGAGUACCGCACCAGGGUGGUAUUCAGAUUAUCGAGGGUGGCGGGGCAAACCAUGAUGAGCACGAUGAUGAGGCGAGUGAUGAGGAGAUGGAUGGCGCUGCACAGGACAUGCCCUGUGUGCCACCCCCCUUUGGCCAGACUUUUCCUGAUACUUGGGUGGGGAUUCAUGCGCAUCAUAACGCCAUUUACCGUCAGCUAUCUACAGAGCAGCAUGAGAGGUUUGAUCAGAUGAGGUUUGAGCAGCAGUAUUUUUACAGAGAGAUGAGAGAGGAUCAGGCUAUGCAGAGCUGCGGUCCCAGUACACCUAUAUUGAUGAGCGCCUCACUUCGUUGGAUGAUAGUUGGCGCUCGUUCUAUGAGGGAUAUCCGCCUCCUCCCCCUCCUGAGCGGUAGAUAAUUUUAGAUGUCCUCCUCUAGCCUGUGUAUUUCUGAUUAUUAUUGGAUGACUGUACCCCUAUUUUACCCUCUCACACUCAAUCACGAUUAACUCUUUACUCUGUCUCUAUUAUGUUUGAUUGAUGUUUGCAGCCUACAAGUUAACCUUUUUGGAGGAUAUGCCAAGUUCAUUUUACCCAAUUUUGAUCUACACCGACCAGCGCCAUAGGGAAGUUCCUUUAACUCUUUUACUCGUUUGUGUAUUAAUGACUUGAGUUGCUUUUGAGCACGCGUGACCCUUUCCUCUUACCCCUUGUGCAUAGUGCAUUUUUUGUCAUCGAGGUCGAUGCCAAAGUUUAAGUGUGGGAGAGUGAAUUGAGCAUUCGGGCAGCAGUUGUUACAUAUGAUUAUUAGAGUUAGCAUGCGCAGGUGUUAGUUGUAUAUUCGUAGAAAAGUCAGGUCAAAAUUUUUGAAAUUUUUUAUUUAAACUGCGUCUUUGUGAGCUGACUAACGUUUUGACUAUGCUUUUAGAACAUUUUUGAAGUGUUUAGGCUUAAAUUGCUAGCUUGCACUAUAAUCUAGUUGUUGAGAGGAUGAAGGCAUUAGUCACCCAUGAAAUUAUUCCAUUGAUCAUCCACCCCACUUGAAAAAGUCCUUUAGGAGAAGCCAUUUUGAGCUUGAUCGUUUAUUGUUUACCCAAUUAAUUGAGCUCUAUCGCCUCCUUACCCGUGAAUUUUUCUAACAAAGUUUUUGUGUUUAGGGAACUAGGGGAUUAAUUCGCUAAGUUUAGGGAAUUUUUGUAGUAGCCUUUUUUGGCACUAUUCCUAUUCCCCAAAUGGGGUAAGAGCAGUCACUUUUUAUGAAUUUGAUACUUUCGAG